AUGGCGCAAGCCCCUGCAAUUCUAGCGGAGCUGUCGGCACACCUCCAGAAGGUAGACGAGGAUCCUACUACUCCGCUGGACACAGAGCUCCUCGAGAGAUGCGAGCUCUUCACAAGCACCCCUGAAUACCAACAUCAGCUAUGGCGAGAAACCAGCCCGCUCUUCAUGCAGAUCGCGAACCUGCUCCCGAAGCUUCAGCAGGACCCAUCGCCUCUGAUCCGCUUUGUCGUCAAAUUGGCGGAACCGUAUCAGUUUGCGAACAUCAAGGAUCUCGACUUCGAAGUCGGUCUUGAUCUCAAAGCCACACCUUUCCACGGCCUUAUCUUGUCACUGCUGGAAAAGGCCACUGCGAAUAGCAAUGAUGCCCAGGCUCUGGCGAACAGGCCGAGUGUCAUAGCCGCCAUCGUCCGCUUAUGGCUCUGUGCUCCAGACGCUGGAGUGGCCACCCAAGCCCAGGACCUUCUCACAGCAUUAUUACGUGCUUCUAAGAAUGAGCCAACAACUGUGCCUGGAGAAGCGAUGUUUGCAUAUGGAGCCGGUCCCAUGUGGAAGCGCCUCUUCAAUGACCGCGACAUUUACUCGCUCUACUACCACUACACCUCCCUCACACCUCUAUCGGCGCCACCCCUUCCUCUCCUCAGUAAGCGCGAAAAGACUAUCUCACAGGCGAGGCUGCUGGAAUGGCUACCAAAGGUCGGUGCGCUGGAUUGGAAUACCAUUGCAACCGGCCACGGUUCUGAAGUCGAACGUGAGGUUGGCCUAGGCGAGGGUCAAGGCCUUCUUCAUUACGCCGCCCUGAAGAUGGUCGACACUGACGACGACAUUCUGAUGCACGUGACCCUCGUCAACUUCUUCCGCGAGCUCAUAACCACGGUGAAGACCAAGCCGCAUCUCCUGGACAGACCUUACGAUUCCAGCUUGUCCUUAGAUUUUCUCAGGGACCAGGGCAUCCACAAGCAAAUCAUCGACUUCCAUACCACCGAUAGCCCAGGCCUAGAGCACUCUUUCCUGAGUCCUCGCACAGCUCAGUAUAUCAGCGAACAUGCUAGCGCAUAUCCCACCAACUUUGAGAACAGCCCCGAGAUGGAGGUUAUUCGAAAUUAUGUCCACCGAAACAUCCGAAAGUGCGAGCCACAUGACCUCAGUAUCCUGGCCGCGAUGCCCAGAGCAACUCUCAUUCCGCGCCGUUCAGCAGGUCUGGCUUGGGAUGACUGCGUUCUGCUAGAUAUUCCCAUCACGAGAACGACUCAAGAUGCGCUGAAGACGCUCGCAGCUGUGUUCCAUGGCCCGCCCAAAGAAGAAAUCACAUUCCCAAAGGUUGAGAGGAUAGGGGCUGACCCCAAGCGAACCGAAGUCGAGGCCGUCUUUGCACGUCUGCUUACCUCUCUCUACUACUCGAAACACCCCUCCAUGUUCUCCGACAUCGUCACUCACGCACAAACGAUCGCGAUGAAGGAAAACGCGCUCGCGGCUCUUGCCUUGGUUCGCGCCAUUAUCACCUCGUCGUGGUCAUCCGCUCCCGUCCCAGACAUCAUUCCCGCGAACGACAUCACUCACACCCGCCUCCAAAACUUCCCAAAGACCGGCCUGGAUCUCAUUCUCGAUCCCACCCUCAGUGGCGGCGUGCUUCCAACACUACUCAAACCAGCGACGACAUUCUCAAAUCUUGUUGGUGGUAGAGGCGGCGCAGAGAACGCGGCAUAUCAAGUAGCCAUGGCCAAGUUCGACGUGCUGAAAGCCCUCGGCCGCAAGCUAGAAGAGGUGGGCGGACGGCAUGAUGUCCUCGCUAUGGUGAGGAGGAGGGUGAGCGAAGGGCCAUGGGGAGUUGGCGGGGGCGCCGGGAGUAGGAUUGGUACUCUGGACCUGUAA